AUGGAAUGGUAUCAAGAGUGGGCUCAUCCUUAUGUGGAAAAUUUGGAUCCGGAGGCGCAGAGACAUUUCAAGAAUGCAGAGAAAGAUAGUUCAAAAUCAAAGACAUCAAUGAAUGAACAAGAAGAUUGGGAGAAGAUGGUGCGACGAAUCGAACACUCCCCCCGUGAGCAAGUUCAAUCUAAGCAAGGAAAAGGCGGUCGAGGUGGUAGAGGUGAAAAAGGUGGUCGUGGUCGAGGUAAAAAAGGUGGCCUUGGUCGAGGUGAAAAAGGUGGCCGUGCUGGAACAAGUGCAAAAGGUGGCCGUACUGGAACAAGUGCAAAAGGUGUCCGUGCUGGAACAAGUGCUCGAGGUGGACGUGGUCGAGGUAAAAAAUCUAGAGUUGUAGAACAAGUUGUGGAACAUGAGUAA